CAGCAGUAGCAGCAGCAGCAGCAGCAGCAGCAGUGAGGACGACACGCUCUGCAGUCAAGAUGAGUGCUGGGGAUGUGGUCUGCACCGGCUGGCUCAUUAAAUCCCCUCCGGAGAAGAAACUGAAGAGAUUUGCAUGGAGGAAACGCUGGUUUGUGCUCAGGAGAGGUCGCAUGAGCGGUAACCCCGAUGUGCUGGAAUAUUAUCAAAGUAAGAACUCCAAAAAGCCCAUCCGCACCAUUGACCUGAAAGAGUGUGAGGUGGAGAUGCUGAACGGGCAGCUCAGAAUAAAGCGAGACUUCCAUGAGAAGCACCUCUUUGUGGUGAAAACCUCAUCUCGUGUUUUUUACCUGGUGGCCAAAACUGAGGAGGAGAUGAACAGCUGGAUCAGUAGCAUCAGUCAAAUAUGCCAUUUUGGGAGCCUGGAGGAUGCAGAGAGCUCAGAAGAAGGUUUUCCUCACACCCCAACAUCCCUUCAGCCGUCUCCAGACAGCUCUGACAGAGCGUCUGUAUCAAGUCAACCAGAUUCCAGCCACCCACUGGACUACCUCUUUCUCUCACAAUGUGAGACAGGGAGUGUAAGCACUAGUAGACAUGACAGCUUUUCGAACUCUGAGCUCUCUCUGGAGCAGAAGUCAUUAGACGAUGCCAUCAAGGACAUGGUUCCCUCACCUCUUUGCUCCGAUUCCUCUUCGGCCUUCAUCUCUCAUGCUGGCCACAGUCCAUGUGUUUUCACACAUGGAAGGUCAGCUAACCCUCCCUUGAGCGCUCCAUGCACCUCCAUGGCUUUCCCAUCAUCCUCUUCUCCACUGCGUCACUGUGCCACAAAUGUCUUCCAGUUUGACAGUUAUUCUCCUUCUGCACCGUUUGAGACAACGAGUGACAGGCACACGCCUCCUCCGCUGCCGCCUAAGCCUAACCACCUGUCAGAACAGCAAAGUGAAGAAGGACCUCACAGACUGACUACAUGGCACUUCCCAAGCCAUGCUGUAUUAUUUCCUCGGAGAACCAGUUUUUCAAGCCUGGACCAUUUCAAAAUAGGAGAUGCUGACAGCAGAGCGAUGAGAAACAGAAGGCAGAGUCUUAACUUGGCUUGUUUAAAUACCACACAAGUUCAAAGCUACCAGGAUGAGUCAUAUGUGCCGAUGGCUUCCCCUAUUCCUCCUGUUGCCGCUGGUGAAUCUGAUGGUUAUAUACCCAUGAGCCCUGUGAGCUUCCUCAAUACAAACGGCAAUACCGAUACCCCUCCGACUCUCAGCCCACUAAUAUGUCAACCUAGAGAUGUUGCACCACCCCCAAUUCACCGGCAUCUCAAGCCGUGCAUGAGGAGAGCUCGACCUCCACCUCUUGACUUGAGAGGCCUCUCUACAAUCACAGAAUGUCCCACUCAUCUUCCUUUGAGGAGAACAAUAACCGAUGCAUGCUUUUCAGUGCACAGUCUACCUCUUGAAAGAAGACUUGAGAAUGGGGACAAUCCAAGAGGUGAAGACACAAACUGCACUGCAAUGGAGUCAAGCCAACCGUUCUUACCCACCUGUAAUGGAGCAGGUCAACCCUGGCUGAGACGAUCAAACCUUGACUAUUUGUCACUGGAUUUCAACUCUGCAUCUCCCUCUCCUGUGCAAAAGCAGAAGCCAUUUCUCUCUGAUGACUACAGAGUGGAUUAUGUGCAGGUGGAUGAGAAGAAGACUCAGGCAUUGCAAAACACCAAAAUGGAGUGGACAGAUGUUCGGCAGUCAAAAACAUAACUGGAAAAUGCACAAUGAAAAUAUGAGGCACACUUUGUUUCAAGAAGACCAACAUGUACUCAUAACACCAGCAAGGAGGACAGAUGUGACGAGGACCAAAAGCAAUUAAGGAGCACUUUGAAAAACAGUAUUGAGAUGUUUGCAUCAUUGAUACACAAAAUUGCACUGUAAAACAAAACAAAAAUCAAUGAACUCUUAGCAGAUCUUUACUGUAAAUACUGCCGGAUUGAUCACUGUUCCCAAUGAUUUUUAAUGUAGCAUAAGGUUUCACCAAAUUUAUUUGAAAAGGGCAUCACAUUACUUCACUGUAAACAUUUGUGAGACUUGUUGUAAAUAUGUAAAAUAAUUUUAAUUGUAAAGAAGGAAAAUAUUUUGAUGAUAAAACAUUUUUUAAUAUUUCUCUCCCUCAUUAUCUAUCCAUCCACAUCAUCCACCCUGAAAAGAACGGCCUAUCUCACGCACAGAGGAGGAGUAAUAAUUGCUGCCACGUCCCAGACUGCUGGCAGAUACUGUAAAUAAGUGGCACAAACAUUACUUUAAGGACAAUACUGUGUUCAGGUAUCACAGAUUCUGAUGUUCAACUACUUUUGCCAUCUUAAAGUUUGUAAGCUGGAAACUUUAACAUGAAGAUGUAAACUUUGUUGAUACAAAGCUAAACUAUAGCUUAAACAAAUCAAAGACUUUCAAGGAGAAGGAUGAACAUUAGCGAGCUGUGGCAAAGUUAGUUUUAAACUGGAGCCCAACCCAGAUCAUAAAGCAGGCAUCUACUCCACAGCAGUUUCUAUGACCACAGAACUCUCACCAGCCACUUCGGCUACUGCACCAUCAUCAUCUCACCUUUCACCUUCUCCUAAAAAGGUCUCUCAGGUCUGGUUGUCUGAGAUCAUAAAAUGAAACUUGCUUCUCAACAGCCUGUGCAGCAUUGUAGCAAUAUUUCUAUGCAUCUAAAACAGUGGUCCAUUAAAACAUUCAAAGCUUUGAGAGCAUUGGGAUGAACUUUGGGUUCAUGAGUUUUACUUGUCUGAGUCAAAAAUAUUCAACACAAGUCAGCGUCAUCUUUUAUUUCAAGUUUGCAAGUGACAAUGUACACACUUUAAUUUGCAUUACCACAUUAAACACACAUGCUUGUCAUGGAUUAAUCCUUAGCUAAGUCAUCACCUGUACAUUUUGACAUUAUCAAUUAUAAGACCCAACUCACUUCAAACUGGUGUUUAUGAAUGAAUACUGAACUGGAUGGUUUACAAAUAACUGUUGAUAUGUGUAAUAAAUGCAGGUUACUCUGAUGCUGAACUUGUACUAAAAAAGCUUAACUCUUGCUUGUGUUGCCAGUAAAAACGUACACCACAGUUUCAAAAUUUGCUUCAGUGAAGCUGAUGCUAGAUUAUACAUGCCCAAUGAGCAAUACUCUGAA